GUGCUGCAAAAUGGCAGGGUGCGAUGUUUGGUGGCUUUCUUACAACGUGUUUGUGGUAGCUUUCCUGGCAAGCGGACAUACUAUUGUCGAAGCACAAGCACCGGAUGGCUGCACCUUUGCUCUGGGGAUGAGCAGUGGCUACAUCCAGAACGAACAACUGACGGCGUCUGGCUGGAACACGACCUGGCACUACCAGCCAUGGGGCGCCAGACUGAACGGGGGCCGGGCCUGGCAGACUAACACCACGGACCCGUCACCAUGGUUACAGGUAAGAUGGCCCCCCAUCACCUUGGUUACUGGUGACGUCACCACCUAUCACCAUGGUUACAUGGGCGUGGACCUUCGCCCGCCGGUUAUCCCUCGUCACAUCACGUCUCUCCAGACCCAGGGGCUGUGGCAAGGCUGGGUCAGCUCUUAUACUGUAGAGAUCAGCAACGACACGACGGACUGGCUUCCGUACGAAAACGGGAAGGUUAGUAUGUUUAUGACUAUCAUUACCUACGGGGACGGAGAAUUUAUCCUGUACUCAGUCUACCGUAAUCGCAGUUUUGACAGGAAGAUGCACACUUAG